CGCCCCCAAAGCGCACGUAGGAUGUUUGACAGAGCGACAAAGAAGCUGGUCCGACAGCUAGAUCCUAAGGGUGCUCUGAUUGCGACUUCCAGACUAAAUGAUUCCGGAAAACUCCAGGCGCUUGCGGUGGUGCUGAAAACCCAGAAAAGCUGGUUCUGGCAGCAAACUAAAUACAAACCCACAGGAUUCAAACUCAAUGACCUGCUGGAAGGGGAUCCAAUUAAACCAGUGUGUGAGGAGAAAGAGUUUGUAAAGUUUGAGGGAGAGUACAGCAACUCUGUAACUGGAUCUAUAGAGUUGGGAGUUUCUGCUGUCUCCCUAAAUGCGAAUGGACAGGGCACAUCGAAACUUAGUUUAUCAGUCGGGACACUUAAGAGGGAAGAUGUGGAUAUUCCCAGUCUUGUGAAGCUCAUUAGAGGAAGGAAGUUGGACCUCAAAAACUCUUUUUUCAAGCAGUCCCCCAAAAAAAACAUGGCUUUUACCAUCCUUAAAGAGCGAAUUUACACCACCCACCCAUGCUCCAUCUCUUAUACAGAACUGGAGAAGGCCAGCUGCCAUGCUGCGGUUGGUUUUGCCGAGAUGCACGUUAAAGACAGCGGUGAACUUCAGUGUGGCUCUAAGACUGCAUUACACAUCCCACCGGACACUGUGAUGGCUUACAGUGUCAUUGAAAUGACCAUCGAAAGUGACGGCUACUUUGAUUUGUGCAUUUGGUCCAGUGGGUUGGAAUCAGAUGACAUUUCCCAGAAUCCAUUUCCCAAUUUCUCAGAGGGGGGUGGUCAAUGGCCACUGAUCCAGGAAGGUUUCCCACUUAGUACUCUAAAAAAAGCACUUGCAGACGUUCAAACUAGCUUUUGUGCACUGGCUGACUUGCCUGCUGAAAGCCGUUCCUCCAUCCUUCUCCUGCUGAGGGAAAUUCUGACGGACCGAUCUGUCUUGUCAGCUUUGGUGGAAAGACUUGAGGUGUUAAGCAGCAGUGAAGCUCCGUGCUUCUUAGACAACAAGUUGUCUGAAAAACAGAGCCAGAUCAUUGGUGCUUUUUUAGACUUACUGAAAGGUGAACAACUUGACAAGAGUGGACUUACCACAUCAACGUCAUUGUCCAGUUAUAAUGGAUGUCAGAUAUCAACAGCCAAUCACAGGGAUUCUCCCUUGGCAUCUGAGUUAAAUGAAUCAAGCCCCAUACCAGAAGAACAGAAUGGAUGUCACAAGGCUGUAUCUCAUCAGAACGGAUGCUCAACAAAAGCAAGCAGGCAGAGCAUGGAGCUUAUGAAUGUUAUGGAAAUGCUGAUCAAUUCUCUUGACGAACUCACGGAUGCUGGACUGGACUUGCUAGAGCCGUUCUGCACUUCUGAAGGUCUCCAAAGUCUACAGGAUGUAGUGAUUCAUCUGACUACUAGCGAUAUGCCUAGUAGCAAGGACACCAUGCCUGUUUUCCUCCAAAGUGACAAUGAAUUCCACAGAGUGGAGGAACUUUUUAAGUCAUGCAAUGUUUUACUAAGGAAAGAGAAUGACAUGUUAACCUCAGAAAUUACCUGUAGAGAGGGCUUCCUCCCAAUGGUUCUGUGCAUUGCCAUCCAUGGCCUUGCAUCCUUUGUUUCUGAGUGACAGUGUUAGUGCUUUUACUGACAGCUGAAAUAGGCUGUUAAAGUGUAAUUGUAACACGUUUUCCCAAUUACAAAGACAUAUUAGUUCAUGCAGAAAUUACUUGCUUUAGUUUUAAUGUUCCUAUGUGCAGACAUUUACUUGCUUAUUAAUAUUUUGCAUUCAUUUUAUCUUUGUAAAUUCCAUAAGAGUACUCAGUCUAGUUGUAAUAUAUCUCCAACAAGGUGCCUUUACUCAGGUUUUUAACUUUAUU